GGCAGCUAUGAGAAAUAGUACUUGUUCUCUUCUGUCUACCUAUAUCCUUAUCGAUCAAGAAAAACAUUCACAUCUUGUUGUACUGUGCACGUUCAUUCUCGCUCUGGAACAUUGCCGCUUCUUCCAAGCAAGUCAUGAUCCAGUUCUUCCUCGCAUUCGUUGGGCUCUGGACUGCGGUAGUCUUCAUCCGAAAAUUGGUCGUGUCGAGUCCCCUUCAAUCCUCCAUCAAACGAAGUAGCUGCGACCGGCCAGGGUCACAGCCUGUGACCCGUGAAGAAGAUACCCUGGACAUAUGUGGCCCUGGCCUGAUAAAGGGUGAAGGGUAUAUCGACUACCGGGUCUUGGGCAGCCUUGGUAAUAUCUCUUUCGUGCAAGCCUGGCCCUCGAACGGACGAUUCUGGUGCAAAGAGGGCCCCACGCUGGCCGACAUGAUAUUCCUUGGCCUGGACUCAUCCGAGCCGAUGGUGCCACGUUCCCCGUCUCCAACGGAGGAGGACGCAUUCGUAGACCGACUGCGACUGGUCGGAGCUGGGGAGUGGGAGAAUGAAUACACAUGUCUGGAGGAGUGGAUCGGAGAAGCCGCAACUACUAACCUAGGACGGUACCGUCAAUCGACCUACGGCUGGCCAUCGAAUGGCAAGGGGCUCUGGGUUUGGGAGUAUAAUUCGCACCGUUGGCGGUUCACGCCGCGGCAGCGUGAGCUGGUGGAUGCGUUGCGCGGGGCUCAGAGCAUGGAUGAGCAAUGUGCCAUACUGGAAAGGUCGGGGCAGGCGACUUUCUAUGAGGAUCCUUGCGACUAUCCGCCUAUCGCGGAUCUUUUCAAGAAUCGCAAAGAAGAGUUAUGAUUCACUUUCUGUAUUUGUGGUUUCUGCUGUCAACGGGUCCAUCUCUACUUAGUGUGUGGGGUGUUGGACCACCCAUAGUAUGAUAGUACUCCAAAGUAUAUAGAUGAUAAGCCGGUGUGGCCAUUGCAUGUGGCCAAGAGUAUGUGCUUUGCAAGAAAGGUGCGGCGGUCGGGCCACGGCGAGGGAACCCCGAACCCCUCACUGUCCGGAUUGGGAUUAGGCAGCCUGCAAUGAGCUUGGAUUGUAUAGCCUGGC